CCGUUCACAACAACGUAAAGAAAUGAAAUUAUAAUCAAAACAAAACUCUCUUCAAAACUAGAAGACCGGACUCAUCCUCUAUCUCAUGUCCUGCCUCUUCUUUUCUGAUGGACAAUUCCUCCAACCCCCAGCCUUCAGCUAAUGGUCCUCCACCAAAGCCGUGGGAGAGAGCAGGCUCAUCAUCUGGCCCUGCACCUUUUAAACCCUCAUCAGCUGGAAGCACAAGUGAUGUAGUGGAGGCUUCAGGAACCGCUAGACCUGGAGAAAUAGUAUCAAAUGAUGACAAAACUGCCCCUAAUAAUAGAAAUACACUUGGUAGGCCUGUUCCCUCUAGGCCUUGGGAGCAAAACUAUGGAACUAACAACACUUAUGGAGGAUAUGGUUCUACUACAAACUAUGGAACUGGUAUGACUGGAACGUAUGGUUCUUAUGGUGGAACCGGAGGAUUAUAUGGUGGAACUGGGGGGUUAUAUGGUGGAGGGAUGUAUGGAAACAGCAUGUAUAGGGGAGGGUAUGGUGGGGCAGGUGGGCUGUAUGGUGGGUCUUCUGGGAUGUAUGGAGUUGGAUCUUCUGGAAUGUAUGGAGGUGGAAUGUACAAUAGUGGUAUGGGAGGCCCGAUGGGUGGUUAUGGAAUGGGCAUGGGUGGUCCUUAUGGAGGUCAAGAUCCAAAUGAUCCAUACGGUGCUCCUCCAUCUGCGCCAGGGUUUUGGGUUUCAGCACUCCAUGUGCUGCAAGGUGUGGUCAGUUUUUUCGGUCGGAUUGCAAUUCUGAUAGACCAAAAUACCCAGGCAUUCCACUUGUUCAUGACUGCUCUACUUCAGCUGUUUGAUCGUUCUGGCCUAUUGUACGGAGAGCUAGCUAGGUUUGUAUUGAGAAUAUUGGGAGUCAAAACAAAACCCAGGAUGAGCCCUCCAGGUCCCAAUGGGCCCGGCGGUGCACCUGAGAACCGAAACUACAUUGAGGGACCGAAGGCCGCUCCUAGUGGUUCCUGGGACAAUGUUUGGGGAAAUGAUACCAGUAAAUGAUCAGGUAAUACAAAUUAUUGUCAUUUGAUUGGCAUGUGAAUCUUUGCUUGGAUUCAGAGAAACAGAAGAAAGACGGAAUUCGUCACCCGGCUCAUUAUUAGUGAAAACCUGUGCAAAUAUGUUCGUAGGAGACGAGUUAUCUCUGCAACUCAUUCCAAAGUCGGUUUGUAGGUUUUAGAUGGACACGGAAGUGGGGGAAAAUAAUGUAUGGUAAAGCUUUGCAUCUUUUGAAAAAGAUAAAUUAUGGUCUGAAAAACCGUUAUGUAUUAAAUUAUAUUUGUAUUA